AUGUAUAAAGUUCUUCAAAAAUACACGAAAAAACAUAAACACGAACAGCACGGUUCUGGUGCAGGAGAAGCCAAUGAACAUUACAGUCGUUCGCGGUCAGAGGGAUCACAUUUGAAUGGUGCCGGUGGUAGAGGAUUAUCCCCACCAGCAGCCACUAAUGGAUAUUAUUCUGCAAGUCGGGAACAACAUAAAACUAAUGGUGGUAUACAUCAUUCGGGCUCUCAACAACAAUUACGCCGAACUGAAGAAUUUCACGAGAGAAGUCGAAGUCGUGGCGGUGAUUACCGAAAUGGUUAUAGUGGUCGUUUUGGAGCUGAAAAUGGAUCUUUGCCUCGAGGGGCUGUAACUGAACGUCGAAAUUUUUAUGAUGCAGCAACGGGGGCACAUGGGUUUUCUGAAAAUUCGAGUUGGGAGACUAAAGAACAUUUUGAGAGAAAAGUUCAGAAAGGAGGACAGAAGGCGGCUGCAGGUACACUUGGUUCUCGAGCACGCCUUGAUCAAUGGGGCAGUGGAAGUGGACUUGCUAUUGAACGUAUUGCUGAUUCUUCUGCUUUACAUCAAGAACGAGAAACAUCUUCACCAGAACCAUCUUUCUCAUCAGAAGCACGUACAACAACAUCAGCACGAGAUGCACUUUUGGCUUGGGCUCGACGUGUAAUUUCCACUUAUCAUCCUGAAGUGGAUGUACAGAAUUUUUCAAGCAAUUGGAGGAAUGGUUUUGCUUUUGAUGCUAUUUUGCAUUAUUAUCGUCCGGAGUUGGUCAACUGGGAAAAGGUAUUUUUUGGAAUUUACAAAAAAUAUUUUAUACAGUGCUGUUCAUAA